UAGCCAGAAAAAAAGACAAGAGCAGCAGUUGGGUGAAAAGUGAAAAUGUCGGAAGAUGAUGAUCAAAUUAAGAGGAUUAGUAGUAAUAAUGAGGAUGAUGAGUAUUACUACCGUAGCAGCAGCUGCAACAUAUCAUCAUGCGAGAUCGAGGAGGAUGAUGAGGAGGAGGUUGGUUCAAGUUCAAGUUCAAGUUCAAGCAGCAGAUCCUCAUCAAGAAGAUCAACCCAGGCCGAUGAUAUCCCAAAAGAGAUCAAAGAGCUUUUUGGGAACAAACGAUACCUGCCCAUGCCAUCCAUCAAGGAAGAUUAUACAGAUAAUCAUCAUGAUCAUAGAAGCAGCAACAGCGUUUAUGUGGGAGUGGGUAAAAGCGAGUCAAGCAUGGAGGCGCUGACCUGGACAUUAAAGCACGCUGCUGACCCCUCAUCCACCACCGUCUAUCUCAUUCAUGUUUUCCCGGAGAUCCACUUCAUUCCAAGUCCAUUGGGAAAGCUUCCAAAGAGUCAAGUGAGUUCACAACAGGUGGAAACUUACAUGGCCCAAGAAACAGGCAAGAGGAGAGAGCUCCUUCACAAGUUCCUUGACAAAUGCUCCGCUGCAAAUGUUAAGGUUGACACUGUGCUGAUUGAAAGUGAUAUGAUCGCACGGGCUAUUCUAGACCUUAUCCCUAUUCUCAACAUAACAACGCUAGUACUUGGAACUACCAAAUCCAAUCUAAGGAAAUUGAUGUCUGGGAAAGGAAGCGGGAUAGCUGAUCAGAUACUUCAAGCUGCACCAGAUGGCUGUGAGAUCAAGAUCAUCUGCCAAGGGAACCAAGUCAUGAUGGACCAGGCGAUUCAUUCCCUUUCCCCACGUCUCAACGAUGAUCCCACUACGACCAAGUCUAUGCAACACCAACAACAGAGGAAUAAUAUUGAAGCCUUUUCAUGCAUCUGCUUUAAACCCAAGUUCUCUUCGUCUUCGUAGGCAAGGAGCAAGGAACAAGGGUUAUAUACUUCAUUACUGCCACUAUUAACAAUAGUAGCGGGGAUAGCUCAGUUGGGAGAGCGUCAGACUGAAGAUCUGAAGGUCGCGUGUUCGAUCCACGCUCACCGCAUUUUUCUAGCUCCUUUUGUUUUCUUUCAAAAGAAAAAGAACUUUGGAUGCAUUGUAUUCCAGUCCAAGUUAACUUUCUUUCUGAAUUUCAAACAUCCGACGCCUGCAUUGCAUUGUAUUAAAAGA